AGAAAAUGAGCUCCUAUUAUAGUGCCAUGUCUGAUGUCGAUCGGUACUCUUACGCAGAGAACAGCCAGAGAAAACCCAAGAAGUUGAAAAAGAAGAAAAAUAAGCAAUUUACAGUCACCAAUUAUGUCAGAACAACACCACUUGAUAUGGUCUGUAGAGACCCAGAUAGAGACUUAAUGUAUCAAAAAUAAUGAGUUUGGGCUAGUCCUGCCUGAGGAUCAAGUCCGACUUCAGAUGAAUGAGCCAGAGAAUAAUGAAAAUAUUUCAAGUCUUCAAAGAUCUGAGCAUUUUCAUGAGCCAGAAAAUUAUCAGCCAAACAUUAGCUCGAACAUUCUGCAGGAGUCUACUAAUGAUAACAUUAUUCGCACAGAUAAUGACCCAUUAACUGACGAUGAGCAAGUUGAAAUGAUCCAGAAAUAAGAUCAAGACUAUUUUCACAUUUUACUCCUCAUACGGAGAUAGGCUCAACAUUAGCAAUUUGAAAUCCUCCAAAUUUAAGCGCAUGAUGAUCGAUUGAGGGAUCGCUGAUAUUAUACCCAAAAAGAAAAUUGAUUUAAUCUUCUACUCGCAGAGUAAAAGUAGGGCGGCCAUGAGUUUUGAGAGCUUUCUUAAUGCACUAACAAAGAUCUCCCAAACCUUAUCAUUCUCAAAGAAAGGGCCAGUUGAGGGAUUUCAUACUCUGAUUAACAAGCAUAUGCUCCCUCUCUAUGAUGAGAUUCUGAAGUCUCCUAACUAUCUGACUGUGAGCAUCCUUGAAAACGAUUUAAAAUUUGAUGAAAUUUGAAAUUAUGUCAUCAAAAGUGUGGGAACUGUCUUGUACGAGGUUUACUCAGCCUAUUUUCCUUGGGAAAUUGCAAAUUCUACAAUUUACACUAAACUUGAUAAGAAAUCAGAGAAAGCAUAUAAACAAUUCAUUAAUGACUUUGAUAUUUGUCCGUCGAUUCUUACUAAAACAAUGAGUUUCCAGAUUUGGAACUCGGUGAUCAACCUUGAAAAUGAAACUUAUAGAGAAAUGAGUGAGUCUAUCUGCGGGACUAAAGCCUUUGGAAAAUGCCUGUCAUUUUCAAAAUUCGUGGAUUUAUUGGUGAAAAUCUCAUACCUCUUCGCUAGAGACUCUCAAGACAUCCCAAGUGAGACAGAUUUGCCUAGCGAAAUCUUUAUAAUGCUACUUGAGAAGUUAGAACUUUCUAAUGGAUUUUUAAAUCUUGAAAAAAAAACAAAUAAGCCACAUACCUCAAGAACCUCUUUAUUACCUCCCAAAGAUGUAAUGAUGCUCAUCCAAAGUGCCAAGCAAGGUGACUCUGAAGAGGUCAUCUCCUAUAUUAGGCAAAAGAAUCACAAAAUGAUUAAAAAGGCAGAGAAAAUGAGAUUCAUUCAGGACGGUAGAAUCAUUCAGCACAAUGUACCCCAAGUCAUGCCUACUCAUUCUAUGGAUAAGCAUUCUGAAUAUUUUGAGAGAGAAAACCAACCACUGUACGAGGUUAAUCAACUCGAAGAGCCUCAGAUAGAGCAUGUUCCUUCAGAGCCAACACAGGAAGAUGAUACAGAACAGGACCUGUAUGAAGUAUUUGAAAUGCAUUGUGGCCUUGGGUACCAAACUCAAGGGAUAGAUUUCUACCCAGCUCAGAAUGGCUAUGAAGAAGAGAAGCUUCUUUCAUCGACAAAUUUCAUAAAAAUGAUGAAUUCCCUCAAUUCACAGGAUAGCUCUCCUUUGGUUCAGGAUGAAGAUAUUGACGUAAUUUUUGAGAAGGCAAGAUUUUUCAAAUCUCAAAAUGGGAAUGAGUCACUAACAUUUGAUCAAUUCAAGUUCUCACUGAAUCUAAUCGCUAUGAAAGUGUUCGGAUAUAGCCCAGAUGGGUUACAGAUGCUGACUCAGGAUUAUAUUAUCCCACUCAAGGAUAUUGUUGCAGAUCAAGUCACUGCGAACACUGAGCAUAUCCUCCAACUGAUGGAGAUCCUAAAAGAUGAUGAAAUGAUUCAACUACUCGAGCUGGUCUACCAGACAGUGUAUCCAUACUUUGAGCAUUACUCUGAGAACCAAGAGUUAAUGUCCCUUUCAAGGUUUUCUCAGUUGUGUAGAGACUUCAAUAUUUUCCCUGAUAUCCUCCCUGAAGAAGUAGUGAUGGACUUCUUUAAGACACUUAGUAAUUUCUACUGAUCUUCUUCUGGUGAGGACUCACAACAUCAGAAUUUGGAGCCUGAUAUGAUAGAUGAGAACUUAUUUGUAGAGGUGCUAGCAUUAAGUGCACUUGAAAUGAAAUUUCAGGAUCCCCAACCCAGUCAGAUUGAGAAGGUCAUUGUUCUGCUGGAUUGAAUGAAUAAUACUGAGAUUGCCAUUCAGAUAUACUCUUCCACAGGUGAAGAUCCAAAUGAUAAAAUAAAAUCAGCCUAUCCUCAUCUUUUCCAAGAAAAUUAG